AUGCUCGUCCGCUCGCGUAUCGCUGGAAUGAUCCCGCGCGGUUCGUUGCCCCUCGGCGUCCUGCUUCAGCACGUAUCUGCUGCCCGGCGAUUACAUCCGCAAGCACUAUGCCUUUCGCUACCCACUACGAUUGCGCGCUUUUAUGCUCGUCCCCCGCAGGAACCGAGGGUAGGAACGACUACACCAGUGCCAGACGAUGCUGCCCCGCCUGUGUCUAAACCGCCCUUCUACUUCGAAGCCGGAUACGCGCUGUAUCAUAAGCGUCCGUCGCGUCCAUUUCCGCCGCCGUUCCUGUCGUUACCCUCGACGAGCUUCUCCGAGCCUCUGAGUACCCAUCACAAGAGCAGAGACCGACGGCCGAAGGUGAAUGGCGAAAUGAUCCGGGGAGUUACAAACGGGGACGACGCAGUGCUGGUCAGCGACUACUUUAUUGGCGCAAAUGAUGGGGUGGGUGCUUGGGCAACCAAGGAGAAGGGACAUGCUGCGCUCUGGUCGAGACUGAUCCUCCAUUUCUGGUCCCUGGAAGCCGAGCACGCAAAGUACGACCCACAACACGAGCCAGAUCCCGUUUCGUAUCUCGAGAGGGCGUUUGAGCAGACGCAACAAGCAACUUCCGAACCGAAUGAAUGGUUCGGCACAACGACCGCAUGCGCCGCGCUUCUCAGCGCAGACGACCAUAAUCCAACACGCCCAGUACUGUACGUUACACAGCUUGGCGACUCGCAGAUUCUAGUCAUACGACCGAAAGACAAGGAGGUCAUCUUCAAGACCACUGAGCAAUGGCACUGGUUCGAUUGCCCGCGGCAACUGGGAACAAACAGUCCUGACACGCCCGCUCAGAACGCAGUAAUGGAUCGCAUUGAGAUCGAGGAAGAUGACAUUGUUAUUGCUAUGACUGACGGUGUGGUCGACAACCUGUGGGAGCAUGAAGUAGUGGAGAAUGUAGUGGACAGCAUGUACAAGUGGCUGGACCAGAAGAGCUUGUCACAUCCUGAUAAGGAGCCUGCCGAACAGAGUUACGCAGACGGGAUGCGAUAUGUUGCUCAGGAACUAGUGAACGCUGCACGGACGAUUGCUGAGGACCCGUUUGCAGAGAGCCCUUACAUGGAGAAGGCGGUUGAUGAGGGUCUGUCCAUCGAAGGAGGUGAGUUCACUCGGCCUGCAUUUCUAUGUUUUGACAAUACUCAUGCCAUUCAGGUAAACUCGAUGAUAUCAGCGUAG